UUUUUUAGAAGUGGGAGCACUGAGUUUCACGUGAUUUUUUGUAUUCACAUCAAUGAAUGUUGUAGAGUGGUUGAUUGAAUUAUAGUAAUAAAAAAAAAGUAAUGGUGAUGGAUCUCACUGAUUCGAAUUGUAUUUCUACUGCACACUCAAAUUUGUCAGAACUUGUUAUUGAAUAUGUUUUGAAUCAACAUAGACAAGAUUUGAUUUCAAUAUUAGAAGCCCAAGAUGUUGAACUACAUUACUCUGUUGUAGUCCACUUUGUGCUACUGUUGGAGACUUAUCCUAAACUCUGUGAAGCAAUACUUUCCAAUUCUUCAAAGCACCUCCCUAUUUAUGAUGCUGCAUUAGUUAAAGCUGCAAAACAAUUGCAUGCAUCCCUAGAAGACGAUGAACAAAUGGAAUUAGUUCCCAAAGAAAACAUUCACUUUCGUGUGACAGGGUUACCUCACUGUCCAGAAGUUCAUAGAUCUACUAUGCCAAAGCUAAAGGAUCAUGGAAAAUUCCUUUGCAUUCAAGGUACAGUGAUAAGAACAACUCAGCAAAGAGUUUUAGAAUAUCAGAAAGAAUUCAAAUGCAAAAAGUGUGGACAUGAAUUUUUGGUAAAAGCUGAUUAUGAUCAGUAUUACAUAAUCAAAACUCCACCUCAAUGCCCAAAUUCUGUAAUAAAUUGCAAGUCUACUGCAUAUCAGCCUGUCGAAAAGUCAACACCAACAUACCGAAAAGAUUAUCAAGAAAUUAAAUUGCAAGAACCAGUUCACAAACUUGCUGUUGGAACAGUUCCCACUUCUCUUUGGGUUACUUUAGAAGAUGAUUUAGUUGACAAGUGCAAACCAGGAGAUGACAUAAUUGUUUGUGGAUUGGUAAAGCGCCGUUGGCAGCCGUUUGUCCGGGAUCAAAGAUCGGUUUUAGAACUCGUCCUCAAAGGAAAUUUUAUUGAGGUCAUGAAUGAAGCUAAAGUUUUGAACAGCGUUGUAAACGAGGAGUUAAACGAUGGAUUUAAAAAAUUUUGGCAGAAAUAUGCCACAUGUCCUCUAGUUGGCCGAAAUAUUAUUUUGUCAUCAUUCUGUCCUCAGAUUUACGGACUUUACAUAGUCAAACUGGCAGCUGCCAUUGUUCUUGCUGGAGGAGUCACCAGAAGGGACGAUUCUGGAACCAAAGCAAGGGGGGAAUCUCAUUUACUCCUUGUCGGGGAUCCGGGGGCAGGAAAAUCACAAAUCUUGAAAUACAUAUGCAAACUUAGUCCCCGUUCAAUCCUCACCACUGGGAUUGGAACAACUAGUGCCGGCCUUACAGUUUCUGCAGUUAAGGACUCUGGACUAUGGCAUUUAGAAGCAGGAGCACUUGUGUUAGCGGACGGAGGAGUGUGCUGUAUCGAUGAGUUUAGUUCCAUCCAGGAAAGAGACCGAGCAUCGAUACACGAAGCUAUGGAACAACAAACCAUUAGUGUAGCCAAGGCCGGAAUGGUAUGCAAGUUGAGUACCCGUUGCUCAAUCAUAGCUGCUACAAAUGCCAAGGGGGGUCAUUACGACACCAGCCUUAAUUUGAGUGUGAAUGCUGGCUUGGCCAGUCCUCUUCUUUCCCGAUUCGAUCUCAUUCUUAUCCUUAUAGACGGUAAAGACUACGCUUGGGACCAAAUUGUUGCCCAACACAUACUUAAUGGGAACGAUACAACUAGUGACGAUAAGUCUCUUUGGCCUUUUGAAAUGAUGAAGUCGUAUUUCGGCCUCAUAAAAAACUUGAGACCGUCUCUUACUCCAGCUGCUAAUCAAAUCCUAUCGAAAUAUUACUACGCUCAACGACAGGCUGACGAUCGAAACGCCGCUCGGACCACUGUGAGAAUGCUGGAGAGCAUGAUAAGGUUAGCGCAAGGUCACGCAAGAUUGAUGUUCCGGGAGGAAGUUACCGUUAUGGACGCAGUUGUUGUUGUGACUUUAAUGGAAAGCUCAAUGCAAUCUGCCGCACUGAUUUCGGCUGAUAACUGUCUUCACUCUUCAUUUCCCUCUGAUGCUAUGAUGGAGUAUCAACGUCAAAUCGACCUAGUUUUAAAACGCUUGGGAUUAGAGGAAUUACUGAAUUCUGAAAUGAAACGUAUGGAAGAAAUUGCUGCCUUGCAGAUCGAGAAUUGUGAUGCUGAUCCUUUUGAGUUCCGCAAGGAUUUGGUUUGUAGCGAAACCCACAUUGCUCAAACUCAAGCGAUUUUAGCAAAUAUUCAUAGACAAAACCAAGAGAAGAGUGAUUUAUUUGUAAAUGAAGAAAAUGAAUGCGGUGUGAAGAGGAAACAAUUCGAUGAUGGGCAAUCACAACCAUCUAAAAAAAUUCGAUUUUCUAAGGAAAAAAUUUGCUCAUCAUCUAGGUCGAAAGAAAAAACUUUUGAUUGUACAGCUGCAAGCACUACAGAAUACGACAAUGGUAGCCUUUUAAAAGCCGUUAACGUCAACGAGAAAGACACAGAAAUGUUAACAAAUGUUUUUUCUGAAAUGUCGACUUCAUUUCCCGAUCCAAAAAAUGAUUCAUGCGAAGAAAUUCCUUCCAUUAUAGGAUCUCCAAUAAUAUCCUCUACUUUCAAAGAAAACACUAAUUCUUCUGCCAACACCAAGUCAUCAAUUUUCAAGUAUGGUAGUGAUGACGAUACUAUAUUUGACCUUUGAAAUUACUCGAAACUCAUUUAUUCUUGUGUAAUUCGGAUGAAAAUAAAAUACUGGAAAAUUUGCCAACUCA